AUGGGUCAUCCCUUAAAUUCAUUUUGGUUCUUUUUCUUGACUACAUUUUCCUUGAAUCUUUCUUUCUCUCUGCAAUGUCUGUCUGUCUGCUUGCUUCUUUCUUUCUUUCUUUCUGUCUCUCCCUGUUCUUUCUUUCCGCGAUCUCUUUCCGUGAUCUGUCUCUCCCUGUUCUUUCUUUCUUUCUUUUUUCUUUCCGCGUCUCUUUCCCUGUUCUUUUCUUUCUUUCAUGAUCUCUUUCCGCGAUCUGUCUCUCCCUGUUCUUUCUUUCCGCGAUCUGUCUCUCCCUGUUCUUUCUUUCCGCGAUCUCUUUCCGUGAUCUGUCUCUCCCUGUUCUUUCUUUCCGCGAUCUCUUUCCCGAUCUCUUUCUGUGAUCUGUCUUUCUUUCUUUCUUUUCAUGAUCUCUUUCUCCACUGUCUCUCCCUGUUCUUUCUUUCCGCGAUCUCUUUCCGCGAUCUGUCUCUGCCUGUUCUUUCUUUCCAUGAUCUCUUUCUUUCUCUCCUGUUCUUUCUUUCUGCGAUCUCUUUCCGUGAUCUGUCUCUCCUGUUCUUUCUUUUCCGUUUUUUCAUGAUCUGUCUCUCCCUUCUUUCUUUUCGCGAUCUCUUUCCGUGA